GUUGAUGACAAAAAGAAAGAAUUAAAUAACGUUUUUGAGUCUUGCACGCUUUUACAUGAUAUGUUGCGCAAAAUCCAUAAUGAAAUAACCUUUCAUGAUACACAAUCAGUAAAAGUUCAAAGU